UUCUCGAUGUAACCUUACACGCCCAAUCAGCUGGUUCCUCAAGUUCGUCCAGUGCAGUUAACAGGCAAAACUUUCUCGCAUUUGCCUCCCAAGACAAAUCGAGGUACGGUCAGCGACGGUUAACUUCCGGGUGUUUUCCUUUAUCUUCUCGCUCAGACCUGGGGAGGGUAGCGCGGGUCAGCCAUGUCUUUGGCUGAUCAAAGUCAACAAUGGUUCCCAACGAGCGCCCAGGUAACGGUGCUCCAGGCCAGAGGACUCAGGAUAAAGGGAAAAAAUGGCACCAACGACGCGUAUGCCAUCAUGCAAGUCGCGAAAGACAAGUUUUCCACCGAGGUGGCCGAGAAGAGUGUGGCGCCAAUGUGGAAGGAGCAGGCCAGCUUCGACCUGCCUCCAGCCCACCAAGGAAACGCCGAGCGCGGCACGUUACGCGUUCACGUGAUGCACCGGGCGCUUGUUGGUCCAGACAAGCCGCUGGGGCAAGCUGUUGUCAAUCUGUUGGAUCUCCAUGAAGUGAAAUCCAGAAACAAGACAGAGUGGUUCAAGCUUGUGGACAAAGGCGGCAAGGCGGACAAGGAGCGAGGGGAGGUGCUGCUGGACAUCCAGUUCAUGAGGAACAACAUGACCGCCAGCAUGUUCGACCUCUCCGGCAUGGACAAGUCCAGGUCCCGCCUGGGGAAGAUCAAGGACAAGCUGCGGGGCAAGAAGAAGGAUGGCAGCGGCCUUGACUCUGUGUCGGCCAUCGUGCCGUCGUCGUUCAGCCAGGUGCUGACUGACAGCGAGGAGGAGGUGGAGGAGGAGGAGGAGGAGGAGGGCGCAGCAGGCUUUGAGGGGGCUGUGGGGGCCACCAAGGAGAAGAGCGGCAAGAAGAAACUCAAGCUGAAGUCGUUGUUCUCGCACAAGUCCACCCUGAAGAAGAACAUGUCCCAGUCCAUGUCGUUCCUGGGCCCUCUGCCUGAGAGGAACCAGACGCUGUCUGGCAGCCGGUCCUCUGGACUCAACGUGGAGCCCUCAGAAGGUAAGAAGAAGUUCAAGUUUGGGCUCCACAAGCGUUCCGGAAGCAACGACAGUAAAUCCUCCCAGGCCUCCGCCUCGGUGGCGGACCCGGCCCAGCGUGGCGGUCCCGAUGCCCCCAGGCCCGGCGGCCUUGUGUACACGGAGGAGCCCACGGCCCGGGCAGGCUCCCGGGCCAGCUCCACCUUCAGCCUGUCCAGCUCCGGCCGGGGCUCCAUGGAGGACCUCCACCGGGGCUCCGUGGAGGGGUCGUUCAGCUCCUACGAUUCCCUCAGGGUCCCCCGGCCGCAGCCCUCCCCCUGGCUGAGCACCAAGGCAGCCGAGGAGGGAGAGGUGGAGGAGGGGAUGGAGGAGGAGGAGGAGGAGGAGGAGGAGGUAGAUGUGAGUGAAUACGAGCAAAGGAGAGGGAAGCAGGAAGAGGAAAAGGCCAGACAGGAGGAACAGAUGAGGAUAGAGAGGAGGAGAGAAGAGGAGGAGCAGAGGAAACGUCUGGAUGAAGAGAGGAUGAGACGAGAGGAAUUGGAAAAGAGGGAGAUUGAAGAACAACAGCGUAAAUAUCAAAGAGAUGAGGAGGAUAGAAUUAGGAGGGAGAGGGAGGAAGAGGAGCGGUUUAGGAGAGAAGAGGUGAAAAGAAGAGAGCUGGAAGAGGAGAGAGAAAGAACAAAGAGGAUGGAGGAGGAGGAAAAGUUUAGGAUGAAAGAGGAAAUGGUCAGAAUAGAGAAAGAAAGAGCAGAGAGAGAAGAGAAGGAACGACGGGAAGAGGAACGGACCAGGUUGGAGAAAGAGGAAGAAGAGAAAAUGAAGAGGGAAUGGGAGGAAAAGCAAGAACGGAUUAGAAUAGAGAAGGAAAGGUUAGAAGAGGAAUACGAGAGAGAAAGGGUGAGGUUGGAGAAGGUGAAAGAGGAGGAGGAGGAGAGAAGGGUUAGGGAGGAGGAGGAGGAGGAGAGAAGGGUUAGGGAGGAGGAGGAGGAGGAGGAGAGAAGGGUUAGGGAGGAGGAGGAGGAGGAGGAGGAGAAGAUGACCAUGUUACAGGAGAGAGAAGAGAGACGACUGAGAGAAAAGGAAUUGGAGGAUGAAAGAUUUAGGAUGGAGAAGGAGGAGAGAAGGGUAAGGGAGGAGGAGGAGGAAAGGUUGAGUGAGAUGCAGGAGAGAGAAGAGAGAGAACUGAGAGAAAAGGAACUAGAGGAAGAAAGAUUUAGGAUGAGGGAGGAGGAGGAGAGAAGGGUUAGGGAGGAGGAGGAGAGAAAGGUUAGGGAGGAGGAGGCGAGGAUGAGUGAGAUGCAGGAGAUAAGACUGAGAGAAAGGAGUCUAGACGAAGAAAGAUUUAGGAUGGAGAAGGAGAGAGGGGAGGAGGAGAGAAGGGUAAGGGAGGAGGAGGAGGAGGAGCGGAUGAGUGACAUGCAGGAGAAAGAAGAGAGAAGAGUGAGAGAAAGGGAACUAGUGGAAGAAAGAUUUAGGAUGGAGAAGGAGAGAGAGGAGGAGGAGAGAAGAGUAGAAGAAGAAACGACUAGAAUAGAGAAAGCGAAGAAACGCCAGGAAGAGGAAAGGAUCUUGAUGGAAGGGGAGGAGAGAAGGAGGAGAGAAGUGGCAGAGGAGGAGGAGCAGGAGGUCAAAAGGCAAGAAGAACGGGAAAGAAUGAGGAGGGAGGAGAGUCUUCUUGAGGAAGAAAGGAUCAAGAGGCAAGAACAAGUCAGGCGGGAGGAGGACGAGCGUGUGCAGGAGCAGCAGAGACGGGAGGACGAGAGGAGAGGGAGUGAAGAAGAGGGAGGCGAGCUAGAGGAAGAGUUCAUGACCAAAGAGACGGUGAAAAACACACCGUUUGGCCCCCCCUCCACCCACGACCCUUAUCUGGGUCCAAACUCUGCGUUGACUAACAAGAGCCCCGGGGGAAUAGAGUCGGCGCGUCGCAGGGUCCCCGUGCGCUCCGUCCCCCCCUCCGAAGACGACGGCCCCCCAACACCUGAGGGACCCCUCGCCCGUCGGACCGCCGACGUUCCGACCGCCAGGCAAAGUCCUGCAUCGCGACGCACCCCCUCACCGCUUUUCGAGCCGUCCAACCCAUUCUUUGAAGAAUCGGAAUCCGACGAGCAUUUAUCCGGAAAGAAACGCCACGCCCCUCCACCGCCUAGCAACCAAGAACUUCUUCAUGACAAACCAAACAACCUUUCUGUCUCCACCGUCCCUUCUGUUUCCCCUCUGGGGGGAAUCAAGACCAGCCUUCAUCUGGAUGAGGGCUCUGAUGGCGAGAAGGACCGCCCGCGUGCUGCUCGCACAGCUCCUCAACCUCCUAAACGACACGGACCCCGAAUUGAACCGAUUUCUUCCAAAGAAAAAACGGUUCAAACGGUCCAUGCGACUGAAGCCUUUGAGGCACCACAGCCAUCCAAAAUCGUCAAAGGUCCAGCUCCGGCUAAACCGAACCCAAACAUAACCAAGGUAUCAGCGCAAGUCCAUGAUGGGAGGCCAGAGCAUGCUCCGAGACCUGCCUUGUCCUUCAAAGAUACCCGGAAGAACUCCAACGUGUCUGGUCCUCACACAGUGACGGAACAAAGACCCAGCACGUAUGGAACAAACCCCUUCGACGAGGAGGAUGAAGAUGAGGAGGCCCAGACUCCUCUCGACACCGAUAGUUCUUCAUCCAGAGUUAAAUCGCUGAAGACGGUCCGAGCACCACCGCCCCCAGAGGACAAAGAAAGCAGCCCCGCGAAACCGAGCAGGAACGCGUGUUCAGAAGCCCGAGUCACGGUCUCCUCUAACGUGAGACCCAUGGGCCCGCCCCCAACCGGAGACGCCAGCGAGACCCCAGCCACCGUGCAGCCUCGGAGGACAGAGGCUGCCGCGGAGCAGGGAGGUAGGGUGGAGACAGGCACCGGGCCUCCUACACCCUCACAAAGAAGUCAUCCAGUAAAGCCUCUCAGAGUGUGGGAGCAGCAAUCUGCCGUCUCGUCCGUCUCAGCCACUCCAGCCUCUAACACACCGUCGGAGACCACCCGGGGCGGUCGGAACGCUGUCGCGGUGAAGGAGGAAGAGGCCAGGGGUCCAUUCUCUCAGCUCACCCGAGGAGAGCUCAUCCUGUUGCUGCAGAAGCUCCAGGGCCAGCUGACGCAGAGGGACCACAAGAUCUCGGAGCUGGAGCAGUACAUAGACAACCUGCUGGUGCGCAUCAUGGAGGAGGAGCCCGGCAUCCUGAUGUCCAUGAACGCUCUGAAGCACUGACUCGAGACAUGUCUGACUCAAGGCGUUGGUGUCUAAACUCGAUGCACGAGGCCAUAUGAUACAGCCGAUGUCUAAUCAUAAUGGCAUGAUACCAUUCAUUUUAUACACUAGAUGUCUAAUCAUGAUGUUGUGAGAGCAUUUGAUACAGUGGAUGUCAAAUCAUGACGUCAUGAAACGAUCCCUUACAGUUGAUGUCUGAUCGCCGUACAUGAUACCAUCCGAUACAAUUGUUGUCUAAUCAUGACGACAUACCAUCUGAUGGUUUGUUUAAUUAUGACAUCAUGAUACCAUCUGAAACAUUUGAUGUCUGAUCAUGACAUCAUAAAGGCAGCACUCCGAACCAUACAAGGUUGAUUGAGGUUGAGGGUAAACUAUUUCCACCGAUAUGAAGGAGAAAAUCACUUGAAAUCAAGCAAAUGUCUAGAAAUACCAUUGACUCAAUACAAACCAAAUAUACGCUGUGUAUUAUAAGGGAUUUUUAAAGAUGAUCUAAUAAAUAAGCCUUCAUAAAUAUGCUUUUGAUUGACAACUUGAUUAUUUUUGUAUAUCCUGUGAAAUAGGCCCAUAUACCACAUUUUCAAAGAACCUUUGAAUCCUUUUAUUGUUUUUUGGUGUAAAAAUGUAUAUACACAAAUAAAGAAAUGCAUUAAAUAACA